ACGCAGUUCGUCGGCGGGGCUCAGCUCGGCGGUCUUCACGUCGCGGAGGGCUUCGGCGCGGUGGCAGCACGCAGUUCGUCGGCGGAGUUCAGCACGGUGCUCUUCUCGUCGCGGAGGGCUUCGGCGCGGUGGCAGCACGCAGUUCGUCGGCGGAGUUCAGCACGGUGCUCUUCUCGUCGCGGAGGGCUUCGGCGCGGUGGCAGCACGCAGUUCGUCGGCGGGGUUCAGCACGGGGGUCUCCGUGGCUAGGGCGGCCGUGCUGUCCAGGACGCAGUUCGACGGCGCGGUCCUGGUGGAGUCCUGGACGGCGGCGUAGCAUCGCGGGGGCCGACGGCCGGGCUUGCCGCGGGGGACUCUUUGUGUCCCUUCAUGGAUCUGGAACCGGGUGGCGGAGACGUGACUUUAGGGUCUUCUUGAAGGCUGUAGGAGUGCUCUUGUGCUUUCGUCAUUGUAUGUGUCUUUCAGGUGCGUAUUUCUGAAAACUUUUUACCUUUUUUUUUACAUGCUUUACUAUGAACUUGGUAUGAGUCUUUGAAAUGCGGGUGCAUCCUUUUUUUUGUAGUCUUGAGCUCGUUAUGGCACAAUAUUUUAAUUUUGGUUGAUUUUCUCAAUUUAUGUCCAGUCUAAUGUGCAUUUUCUUUUUCGUUUUUUUUUUAUUUUAAAUGGUUUUUGGUUUUAAAAUGAGUCAAACUAGUGAACAGAAUGAAAGGUUCAUUGAGAAAGUGACUGGAAUUACAUUGCUGUUUACAAAACCAACGUAGAUAAUAAGUAGUGCACCAAUGAAAGCACUGAGACCGAUAGUUAGGGAAUCCAACUCUUCGUAAGUCUCCCACUUGUGAAGUUUUGUGUUGAUGUGUUUGAUGCUGCCUCGAACUUCCAUUACGAAUACCUUGAAAGUUUCAAGCCUUGAACUCAUGGCAAAUAAAUCCUAAAUAACUUAGUAAUAAAAUAUCACCUCCUUUUUACAAUACCUGUAUUAUUUUUCAUCUGAUGAAACAUUAGUCAAAACUCCUCUUUAAAUCAUUAUGAUCAUGGUCAAGUUAAAAAUUUCCACCUAAUUUCAUUGUUGGUUCAAAUGGAGAUUUUGGGAGUUGUAUUGAUGAAGCUAUAGCAAGUGCACAGGAGCUGUUAAAAAGAGAUGAUGUGUAUGCUUCAUUAAAAAUCUGAAUGUAAGGAAAACAAUUAAGGUAGGAGCUUCUUACUACUUGUAAUGUCAGUUAAGUAGUUUAAUGAACUGUUUCUUUCAGCCCUGAUGUUCAAACGUCAUGACAGAGAGCAAUACUGAGAAGGCAAAGAAUUUUCUUUCAACAAUGAAUCAGCUGUUUAGCUUUAAAGGUCCAGAAUUAUUCUGGUGUGUAUUCACACCAUCACACAAGUGUCUUUUUAUCACCUGGAUUUGAGGUUGUUCUUUGCGUAGUAAUAGUUUGAUAAUGCCUAUUUCUAAUCUAAGACACUUAAAAAUAUGAUAUUUCUAAUAAAAAUAACUAAUGUCAAUGAUCUCAAGAGGGAGCGCAAUGGGUAUGAUGAUGUGCUUGGUGACAUUCAUAAGUGAAAAUUUAAACAGUUUCCAACGCAGUAAGAUUCUUUUCAUAUCGACAUUUCAGUUUGUUAUCUUAGAAUAUGUUUCUAUGAUUUUGAUUUGUGUUCUUCUUUCGACUGUCCCAAUUAUUCGUUCUCUCUUAAACUUUACUUUAUGAAGGCGUUGAACAUGUCCUUUUCUUGAACUCAUUCUGGUGUUUGUCCAUUUUUUGGUCGCAAUUUUAAGUAAUAAGAUCCAAUUUUUUAAAGUUUACUACGGUAUGUCUAAAGUUUCUCCUGUGUUGGUAAAAUGUCCCAUUACAUUUAUAAGGGAUUUCGUGUGAUGGUGAAAAACUCUAAACCAUUGCUUAUCACUCAGAAAUUUUAUCAUGAUUUUAUGCUCUGCAAAAGGUACUAUUAAGUUGUUUCUGUUAUUCAAUUCGGAUAGAAUGCAGACGAUGCAGACAAAGAAAUGAAUGUGUGAGAGAUCGGGCAAUUCCCUUAUGUCCCCACAUUAUUCGCAGAUGUAAACUGCCGAUAAGCUCAUUACCACUACAACAAAAUUUUAAGCCUAACUCUCAACUUUUAGGUAAGAUAUACAUCUUAAUAUCACUUGAUGCCAGGAAUGUAUUUGUGGUUUCCUUAUUUAUGUUUCAAAUUAAUGGCGAAAUCCAGAAAUCUCUUAACUCCAUUCGAUAUCCUUCUUGCAUUCGUGUAUUUCAGAAUUCAAACUUGGCUAACCUGCCAGACCUCAACACUCAAACGCACAUUCGGAUUGUCCUCCAGCAGGGAAAGAGCACGUCGAAAGACACGAUGGACAGGCGACGUCACUCGAGGUCGCCUUCUCGCGGCCACGCCAAGGAGUCCAGGCGCCACUCCAAGUCGCCCUCUCGCGGCCACACCAAGGAGACCAGGCGCCACUCCCGUUCGCCUUCUCGCGGCCACGCCAAGGAUAGCAGGCGCCACUCCCGUUCGCCUUCUCGCGGCCACGUCAAGGAGUCCAGGCGCCACUCCCGUUCGCCUUCUCGCGGCCACACCAAGGAGACCAGGCGCCACUCCAAGUCGCCUUCUCGCGGCCACACCAAGGAGACUAGAAGUCACUCCAGGUCCCCGAUUUUAGGCCACAGCAAAUCAGCCUCAAAACGGCCUCUUCCCACCUUCCUGUCUUGUGGCCACAGCCAAGAGAAGCAGUCAUUCAAGUUGGAAGAUAAUGGAGAUGCAGAUGACCCAACCGCAGAUAGUGGUCCCUUGUCUCGUAUUCUGGAAGAGGAAAACUCUUUGAUUCCACCUGUGUCAUCCGAUUUCAAGUCGCCUUUGGAUUCGGAUUUUUCGGAUGACUUUGAACCCACCAUCAAAAGUACCAAGAAAGAAGAAUCUAAUUAUGAUGAUUUCAAGAGUAAUCUGUUGAGGAAAAAAAUGAAGCUUGAAAAAGGCCCUGAGACUUUGCCCAAAGGUCAAAAGGCCAAGCAGGAAGAUGAUGAUGACAUCGUGUACAUUAAUACGGAAAUAUCUCCAAGCCCUCUGCCUAAGAGGCCGGUCACCAGAUCGACUGCUGCUUCAAGCAAACUAACAUUGAAGGGAAAGAAGUCCACUUUCAAGAGAAAGGAUGAGCUGGAGCAAGAACUGAAGGCGAAGGAAGAGGAAAUUGCAAAUCUAAAGAGAGCUCUAAGUGAAUCACCCUCUAAAACUACCAGGCAGUUCACAGCUGACAAUCCGUAUUCUAUUGGUAAACCUGAUGUCUUUGGAGCUCCAGCAAUUGAUGGCCCUAGUUCAUCAAGUCCAGGGCCAUUUCGAUUUCCUCACAAUUCAAGUCCGGGUAAACCUUUUGACAAAGAUCUAGCAAUGAGCAAAUUGUUAGAUGAAAUCCCUGACCUGGAUGUGGACAUGGCAAGCAGCAUCCUGGCAGAGGUGUUAGAAAUUAAGGAACCUGUGACAUGGGAUUCAAUUGCAGGCUUAGAUGAUGUGAAACGCACAUUGCAGGACAUAGUGGUGAAUCCACUUAUUCGCCCAGACAUCUUUACCGGGCUGAAAAAGCCCGAAAAGGGUGUUCUACUAUUUGGCCCUCCAGGCACAGGAAAAACGUUGAUUGGAAAAUGCCUUGCGUCUUUGGGAGGCGCAACCUUCUUUGCUAUCAGUGCAGCCUCUGUGACUUCAAAAUGGGUAGGAACUGGUGAGAAGCGCGUGAGGCUUCUAUUUAAGAUUGCAAGAGUGCUUCGCCCGUCCAUAAUCUACAUAGAUGAAGUUGAUUCUAUAUUAUCAUCAAGGGAAUCAAGCAAGGAGAAUGAAUGCUUGUCUAGAUUGAAAACUGAGAUUUUAGCAUCACAGGACGGCUUAUCAUGCUCUGACAAUGAUGGUGUGCUUUUGAUUGGAGCAACAAAUCUGCCACAGAAAUUGGACUCAGCAGCGAGAAGAAGAUUCACAUCGAGACUCAUGAUCCCACUUCCAGAUGCAGAGGCGAGAAGAGCACUCAUGGCACAUGACAUUAAAAAUGACAAUCACAGCAUUGAUGAGGAUGGUAUGUCCAUGAUUGUGAAGAAGACUGAGGGGUAUAGCGGGGCAGACCUCCACACUGUUCUGAAGGAUGCUGCGAAAGCCCCAAUCAGGGAGCUUACCUCUUUGCAGCUCAGGACCAUUCCUCUCAACAAGAUUAGACCGUUUACCGUUGAUGACGUGUUGGAAGUAUUAAAGAAAAGAAAGCCCUCUGUGGCGGCCAAGGAUAUGACGGAGGUCUAUGCUUUUCAAAAAAUGUACGGUACCGCCUUGAAGAAGGCAACAUGACGUGACCCC